AUGGCUCGACGAUAUCCUUUCAAAAAGCGAGAUGGAUCAGUCAAAGAUCAAUACGAACACUCCGACUUCAAAGAUUUCUCUCCUUUCACGCAGCGAAUUCAUUAUGCUCUCUCCAACAACCCUGCACAGCUCAGCUCUUCACCCGAAAGCCGCUUCUUCCUGCACCACUAUAUCAACACAACAGCUGACGUGAUCUUUCCUCUCUCUUUAACCGGGAACCCUCUACGAGAAGACCUGCUCCAAUCAGCCAUGUCAAACCCACAUCUCCUAAACGCAUUCCUCGCAUGUGCCUGUUCCCACUACGCUCGACGACACGAAGACAUGCCCAUCCAAAUGGAAAGUAGUAUCGCCAAAUUCACCAAUUCAGCACUGAAUGGUUUAAGGCGGGCAAUGCUAGAUCCAAAGCAAGCCGGAAAACUGGAAACAAUCAGUACGGCUCUCGCACUAUGCACUUCAGACGUGAUCUCCGGCGAUCUAAGCACAUGGCGAAUACAUCUAUCAGGCGCGAACAAGUUAAUCCUAUCCGCCUUUCAAUCCUCAUCCGAAGACGCCAAAACCCCCUUGCAAACUUUUGUGAUCAAGUGGUAUGCGCUACUAGAUAUUUUCGCUGGUGUCUCCGGUCUUCGCAAGAGCUCGAACCCCGGCGGACAAUACUGGUCAUCCAAUGACGAUGAUGUCUACAUUGACGAGUGGACAGGCUACUCGCUAGAUUUGAUCCCGAUCAUCUCGCGCAUUGGGCGAAUGGCGCGAAUGCAGCAGAAAAAAACACGAGUUACGGCGGUGGAUGACGAUUCCGAAGACGAGGAGGUCGACACGCAAUUGCGAGAAGAAAGCAUGGAUGAAGUUCGAGAUAUGGAGGACCUCAUUUAUUCGCUAUAUAACCGGACGGCCCACCCUUCCUUGGUGAAUCACCCUGAUCCGGCGACGAGGAAACGCGCAGUGGAAAUGCAGUGCAUUCACCGGGCGUUUCUCUACACGGCUCUCCUGCACCUGUACCGUCGUGUACAGGAUCUACCUAAGCACCACACAAAAGCUGUUUAUGCGGUCCAUAUGGUUAUCGAGACCAUCCAGAUGAUCCCCCGGGAAUCAUCAUCAAAUAUCUUGACAUUGUGGCCGGUUUUCACGGUCGGGUGUGAGACUGACGAUCCAGUCCAGAGGAAUAUCAUCGAGCAGAGGAUCUCCAAAAUGGAGUCCUUUGGGAUGGGAAACGUAGAGACCGCUCGCCAGGCCAUGCAUGCAUACUGGGAGUCCGGUGCGACCGAGCGAUGGGAUAUAUUCCUGGAGAAUUAUCCUCAAGACAUUGUUCUCUUUUGA